AUGGCCUUAUCGCAACGGAGCCGUUUGAAUUCAGUCUCUGCGAGGGGAGUAAUUCUACACGUGUGCCAACUGCCAACCCAUUUUCUUCCCCAAACGGCCCAGACCAUUUUCCCCCCAAAUCGUUUCCCUCCCUCUAUCCAUCUCCUCCCUCAGCCCCACCGACCGCCACCGUCGACCACCCACAAUCCCGCCACCGGUACGUCCAGCUCCAUCUCCGGAUUUCCGGCCAAAAGUCACCGUGCGUUCUCCAUCGAAUCCGCCGACCCAACCAAAAGUCUCCACCGUGCGUUCUCCAUCUCCGGCCAAAGGACAUAUGCAAAGCAACAAAGUUUUGAGGUGGUACAAAAGAAUAAAAGAAAGCAUGCAAGUGGGUAUACGUGUUACAUCACCCUAUCAUGUGCACGUCAAGGCAGCAGAAAAGCCAGCUCAAGUAAGCAUGUUCAAACAACUAGAAUGGAGUAUGUGACUAGUGUAUCUACUAAGCAUAAUCAUGAUUUAAGCCCAGACAAAGCUAGAUACUUUAGAUGCAAUAAGAAUUUGGACUUUACUGGGAAGAGAAAGCUUUUAAUAAAUGAUAGAGCUGGAAUAUGUAUGAGCAAGAGUUAUAACUCACUAGCAGUUGAAGCAGGGGGUUAUGAGCACCUUGCAUUUGGAGAAAAAAGAUUGUCGUAAUUUUAUUGCCAAGUCAAGGCAUCUUCGGCUUGGCACAAGAGGCGCUGGAGUUCUUUGUGACUAUUUCAAAAGGUUGCAAGCAAUUAAUAAUGAUUUCUACUUUGCCAUAGAUUGUGAUGAUGACUACAGGUUGAGAAAUGUGUUUUGAGCUGAUGCACGAAGUAGGGCAUCGUAUGAGGAUUUUGGGGAUGUGGUUACAUUUGAUACAACCUACUUGACUAAUAGAUAUGAGAUUCUAUUUGCUCAUUUUGUGGGAGUUAAUCAUCACGGUCAGUCAAUACUUUUUGGGGCGGCAUUAAUAUCAAGUGAGGAUACAAAGACAUUUGUAUGGUUGUUUGAGGCAUGGUUGAACUACAUGAAUGGACGAUCGCUAAGUGCAAUUAUAACAGAUCAAGAUAGGGCUAUGAAGAAUGCAAU